GCGGGCAGCGCACGUGAAACCCGCGGGGUAAAGACGCGUCAAAUGAGCACCAGUGAUCCGUGAGAACGCGUGCAGCCGCCGCCAUGAACGACAAAUAUCACCAGGCGGCUCGGGACGGUCACCUGGAGCUGCUGAAAGAAGCGACGCGGAAAGAUCUCAACGCUCCGGAUGAUGACGGAAUGACGCCGACGCUGUGGGCCGCGCAGCACGGCAACCUGCACGCGCUCCGGCUGGUGGUGGGGAGAGGAGGAGAUCCGGACAAAUGUGAUAUUUGGGGAAACACGCCCCUUCACCUGGCAGCAGCCAACUGUCAUCUGAACUGCAUGUCCUUUCUGGUGUCGUUCGGUGCGAACGUGUGGUGUCUGGACAACGACUACCACACGCCGCUGGACAUGGCGGCCAGCAGAGGUCACAUGGACUGCGUGAGAUACCUGGACUCCAUCGCCGCCAAGCAGAUCACCAUCAACCCCAAACUGGUGAGCAAACUGAAGGAACGUGCCUUCCGUAACGCUGAGAAGCGCAUAAAGAACUGCGAGAAGCUCCAGCGCAAACAUCACGAGCGCAUGGAGAAGCGCUUCUUGCGAGAGACAUCUGCAGCCGACAUGCUAGACAACAUGAGCUACAGCAGUUUUAGCAGCACAUUGAGCCGCAAGAUCCCACAGUUCAACACUCUUGACUCCACGACGUACUCGCAGGCAACGCUUCAGUCCACAACAAGAGGCAAAACCAAAAUUCAGCGCCGCCUCGAGAAGAAGAAACAAGGAGACGGGACGUUCAAGAUUUCCGAAGACGGGCGAAGGAGCGUCCGCUCCCUCUCUGGUCUCCAGCUGGGCAACGAUGUGAUGUUUCUGAAGCAGGGUACGUACGUCAGCCCGCGGCAGCAGUCGAACCCCAAACUCAACAUCCGUAACAUGUUUACCAGUAAACUGGAUGAAUAUGAGGAUGUUGACACGGUUUCCCGAGCCCUCAGUGACCCCGGUCUGUAUGACGCUGCAUACUCUGAAAUUAGCACAGACUCUGGUCGGGACUCUCUGUUCAACCGGCCGGGACUCGGCACUAUGGUGUUCCGCCGGAAUUACAUGACCGAUGGGCUGUUUCGCAUGGGACGGGAUGAAGGCAGCGUGGCCGGGAGCGAGCCAGUGGGACGGGCACCGAACGUCCGGUUACGUGGUAGAUUGCCACUCAGAUCACCCAGUCUAGAUGAGGUCAGCAUCGACAGCUCGCUGAGUCUCCAGGAGAGAAACUUACAGGAUUUGCCGUGGGAGGAAGGAGAUCUGGGUCUGGAGGAGGAGGAUGAUGAACAGCAGCCUUCGUCGGCACCUUUGGAAGUGUUUUUGGUGUCUCAGGGUCUGACUGACUUUCUCUCCAUCUUCCAUCGGGAGCAGCUGGACUUGGAUGCGUUGCUCCUGUGUUCGGAGCAGGACCUCAUCAGCAUUCACAUUCCUCUAGGACCCCGAAAAAAACUGCUGGGCGCAUGCGGCAGACGCAAUCACGUGCUGGACGGAGCGGGUGACAUGCAGGACACUGAGCUUUGAUGGGUAUGUGUGAGUUGUCUACAAUGAGAUAUCUUUAAGUUUUUAUCAUCUGCCAUAUUUUAUUUAUUUUAUCACGUCACGGUGCAUUCUGAGAUUGGCUUCGCCUUUAAAGAUGGAUACAGCACAACAUCAGAGUUUGGGAACACAAUGAUGCUGACUUUAUUUGUUGAAUCAGUCUUCAGGUCAGGAUUCCAUUAAAAUACUGUAAAUGUAAGCAGCUUACAUUAAGGUUUGGAACAGUCGUUGUGUAUCUAUGUGUUUGCGUUUCACCUUAUACAUAAAAUAAUUAAUUGAACUCAAAUGUCUAUAAGUGACCAUGAGAGUGUAAACACAAUAAUGCCAUCUUGUGGUCGAGAGGAAAACAACAGCCCUUCUUAUUCCUUUCAAUGCAAAAAAACACUAUUAAUUAAUAUAAAUGUUUAAAGUGUCAUGAGACCAAAACCAUGAUAAACGUACAUGCUUGUGAAUGUUACAGCAAAAUCAUUCAGAAAAUGGCAGAGAAACAAAAGCAGUAGUCCUUGUUUAACAAGUUUAGACACUAUCAGACAAUUUUGUAUAUAAAAUGUUGGUUUCAGUAAAGAUAAAGCUCCAUUGCUAUUACUGAUUAUUUUAUCAAUUGAAGUGUACAACAUUUUUACAACAAUGUAAUUCCGCUAAAAAUAAGAAAUUCUGUUAUUUAUGUAUGCGAUUUUAAACCUGUAUGUGACUCUUUCUUCAGUGGAACACAACAGAAGAUAUUUUGAGAAAUGUCUCGGUGGUUUGUGUUCAUACAACAGGAGUCGAUGGGGUUGUUUGGCUAUCAACAUUCUUCAAAAUAACUUCUUUUGUGUUCUGCAGAAGAAAGAAAGUACAGAUUUGAUAUGGAAUGAGGAUGAGGAGUAUAUGAUGAGUGAACUAUCCCUUUAAGAACAACAUUCAUUUUGAUUUGAUAAUGCAUUAUACAAACACACACAGUGUUUGUAUAGUUUCAUAUCUGUACAGUUUUGUGGAGGAGCUUUAUUUGUUUUGGAUUCUGUGGUCUUUUGCUCUUUUAUGAUGGGGCUGUGCUGCAGGUUUUAGAUGCUGACCUACUGAAAGGUGAUAUAACUCUUGUUACUUUAUCUCUCUAUCUCACACACUCAUAAGCACACACACCCACCCACCCGUUGCUAACAUAUACAUUACCCUGUUCUUCACUUCACUAUAUCUUAGUGUAAAGUUUUAAUUUGUCUCCUUUACUUUUGGUCUACAGUUCUCUUGCCAGUCUGCUUAGAUUUGGUCCCAUUCUCGAAAGACAAGUUAGCUUAAGAACUCUGUCCUGCAUGGUGUUUCAUAAUCGACUUAGUUUAUUUAUUGUUAUGCCUAGUCAAUUUUACAUUUUAACGUCAUGAUCUAUGAAUACUGCCAUUUAAAUAACAGAGUAUCAUGUUUUGCAUACACUAAUGAGAAUUAGGAUUUUUUAUUAUGAUUCAUUUUUU